UCCCCCUCCCUCCUCACCGUCCCAUCGCCCUCCUCCUCCUUCACCUCCGAGUCCAACCAACGAACGGCGGAGCGAGCUCCACCCUCGGAUAACUAAUGGCGAUCAAGAAGGGAGGCGCGGCGGGGCUGAAGCAGAUCCUGAAGCGGUGCUCGAGCCUGGGCCGGCGGCAGCAGCAGCACAACGGGGAGCAGCAGCAGCACUGGGAGGAGGAGGAGGAGGCGGCGCCGUCGGACGUGCCGCGGGGCCACUUCGCGGUGUACGUGGGCGAGUCGCGGCGGCGGUUCGUGGUGCCCAUCGCGGUGCUGGACCGGCCCGAGUUCCGCUCCCUGCUCCGCCGCGCCGAGGAGGAGUUCGGCUUCGGCGGCGCCGGGGACCUGCUCGUGCUCCCCUGCGAGGAGCUCGCCUUCCGUUCCCUCUGCUCCGCCUCCUCCCUCCCCUGCGCCGCCGCCCGCUGAGGCCCGGACGGCGGCAGGCCAUUUGUCCGGCCCCUCGGUCCGGCCUGGCGCCAUUGCCAGGCGAGCCGACGGCCGGGUGCAGACGUGCAGUGUGCGUGUAAAUACGGAUCCAUCGAUUCGACGAGGCGCAUGCGCGUAUUAGCGCGCGCCCUUGGAAGUUAAUCGACCGCCAUUGGUUGAUUACCGCUGUGUGUGUGUGGAGAACUGGAGCUGGAUCGAGCAAGAGCCAAGAAGAAGACCAAGAGGAAGACAUCUCUGGAGAGAGAUAUUUUUAGAGCUAGUGACCGAUUUAAUUACCGGCCGGUGUGUGAGUUAAUUUGCGUGUACGUUGUUUGUGACGUGUUGGAGUCCUUGAGCCCUCAGCCUUCUCCAGCAGUGGAGGAGUGCGUGAUUAGGCGAGGCGAACCGUCAUUACACCCCCUUUUUCACUCUGUACAUGCAAAUUAGUAAGAUGUGUUUGGCCGGCUAAGCUAGCUAGCUCUAGUGAACGAGAUAAUGUGUACGUACAUGUUUGAUGUUUCUUCUCCUCCCCUGGUUUGGGAAAUAAACAAUGGUGGUUAUUAUUCUCAUA